GGGCCCAGCCGCAGCAUGUGGCGGGUGUUGGCGCGACGCGUGUGCCGGGGCGCGGCCGGAGCGCUGGCGCGGCCCCGCCGGGCUCUCGGUGGCGGUGGCGGGGCCGGCGCUGUCCCGGCCCGGCGCGGCCCGGCCUGGGGCGGCCCCGCGCUCCGCCCGCUCCUGCCGCCCGCGGGCACCCGGCUCGUCCCGGCCCGCCGCUGCAGCCUCCCGGCGCACCAGAAGGUGGCCCUGCCAGCGCUGUCCCCCACCAUGCAGAUGGGCACCAUCGCGCGCUGGGAGAAGAAGGAGGGCGACAAGAUCAGCGAAGGGGAUCUCAUAGCAGAGGUGGAGACAGACAAAGCAACAGUUGGCUUUGAGAGCCUGGAGGAGUGCUACUUGGCCAAGAUCCUGGUGCCAGAAGGAACAAGGGAUGUGCCUAUUGGGGCCAUAAUAUGUAUCACAGUAGAAAAGCCUGAAUAUGUUGAUGCCUUUAAAAAUUACACCCUGGAUGCUGCAGCAGCAGCUGCUCCCCCUGCAGCUUCAGUGCCUCCCCCUCCAGCUGCAGCUCCCCCACCACCACCUCAGCCUUCUCCUCAGGCUCCUGGCAGCUCUUACCCUCCUCACAUGCAGAUCACUCUCCCUGCUCUGUCACCCACCAUGACAAUGGGCACAGUGCAGAGGUGGGAGAAGAAGGUUGGGGAGAAGCUGAAUGAGGGAGACUUACUGGCCGAAAUUGAGACAGAUAAAGCCACAAUAGGCUUUGAAGUGCAGGAGGAAGGCUACUUGGCAAAGAUCCUGGUGCCUGAAGGAACAAGAGAUGUGCCACUGGGAGCUGCUCUCUGCAUCAUUGUGGAGAAAGAGGCUGAUAUUCCAGCCUUUGCUGACUACCAGGCUGCUGCAGUGACUGACAUGAAGGCAGCAGCUCCUCCUCCUCCUCCUCCUCCACCAGUGAUGCCAACUCCUGCUGCUGCUCCUCCUCCUCCCCAGCCUGCUGCUGCUCCCACUCCUGCAGCUCCCACAGCUCCCCGGACAGGAAGGAUCCUGGUUAGUCCCCUGGCCAAGAAACUGGCAGCAGAAAAAGGGAUUGACCUUGCCCAAGUGAAAGGUACUGGACCAGAUGGCAGAAUCACCAAGAAAGAUGUGGAGUCAUUUGUGCCAACAAAGGCUGCUCCAGCUCCAGCUCCAGGGGCAGUUCCUGCAGCUGCUGCAGUGGCAGCAGCACCCGAGGGGACCUUCACAGACAUCCCCAUCAGCAACAUUCGGAGGGUCAUUGCUCAGAGGCUGAUGCAAUCCAAACAAACAAUACCUCAUUACUACCUUUCCAUCGAUGUCAACAUGGGAAAAGUCCUGGUGCUAAGGAAAGAACUCAAUCAGGAGGAAAACGUUAAGCUUUCUGUCAAUGAUUUCCUAAUUAAAGCUUCUGCUUUGGCAUGCUUGAAGGUGCCUGAGGCAAAUUCUUCAUGGAUGGACACAGUUAUUAGGCAGAACCAUGUGGUGGACGUGAGCGUGGCCGUCAGUACCCCUGCAGGGCUCAUCACCCCCAUCGUGUUCAACGCCCACAUCAAGGGCCUGGCUGCCAUCAGCAAGGACGUGGUUUCCUUGGCAGCCAAAGCCAGGGAAGGGAAACUUCAGCCUCACGAAUUCCAGGGUGGUACUUUCACAAUUUCCAAUUUAGGAAUGUAUGGGAUUAAGAACUUCUCUGCCAUAAUCAAUCCACCUCAAGCCUGCAUCCUGGCAGUGGGCUCCUCAGAGCAAAGGCUGGUGCCAGCUGAUAAUGAGAAAGGCUUUGACGUGGCCAGCGUGAUGUCUGUUACCCUGAGCUGUGACCAUCGUGUUGUGGAUGGAGCAGUGGGAGCACAGUGGCUUGCAGAGUUCAAGAGUUUCCUUGAGAAGCCAGUAACCAUGCUGCUAUAAUUUACCCAUGCAAGCAGAAUUUUCCUGGGUCACACUGUUGUGUUUUAAACAAGCUAUUUAGACUGUAGUGUUCCGACUUUAAGAGAGUUCCUUUUUUAAUUUAAAAUAUGUAUUAUAUUAUCUGGUAAUGUUAUUACCAGUCUGUACAGAAAAAAAGUUUGCAAAAGUGCUUUUCGGAGCAAUAUUACAGCUACACUGUAUUUUUAUACAGUUAGUUAACUUGCAAACUCUUCCAAAAACAGAGUUAAGCAUCCCAGAUUUAAAGCUGACCCUGGCAGAAUGCCCACUGCCAGCUGCUCCUCAAAAAAGGGGUGCAAACCAGCAAUGUCGUGUUCUCAGAAAUAUGAAUUACAGUCAUCUCUUCACAGGAGUGCAGAUGAGAUUGGUCACUGAAACAAGUCAGCAGAAGGUGAAUUCCCAUGUUAUCCCAUCCCUGGGGUGGGUGAGAUGGCAAACGCACUGAGGGACUGAAGUGCCUGGGGAUAGUUUCUCAAAGGCCAAGUGCCAGUGUUCCAAAUCUUUCUUGGAAUUUGGCUCUGGCCUGGAUCCUCUCAGCUACGUGAUCCCUUUUGAGCACUUUAAGGUGAAGGAGCACUGCUGGCUGUGGGGUCACAGCUCUCGGGUCCCGCAGGGGACGUGCUGUCUGCUCCUGGACUUUCACUCACAUGUGCUUUCUGUCUGAAAGCUCUUCAGUUGCUGUUCCUCCUGCUGAGUUAACCCCACCACACCCCGAUGCCAUGGAAGUAACUGUUUUGCAGAAUGUUCAGGAGAGUCCGUGUGUUGGAAGCCAAUGUAGACAAAUCACACAUGCUGAUAAUCCCACCAGUGGAUAUUAAAUCAUGUGAGGACUCGGAUGUUUGGAAUUUUUUAUUUCAGGCAUUCUAACAUAGGAAGCUCUGACUUAGUCAUUGGAAUUGGAGACCUUCCCUGACUUGUCUAUGUUGUGCCAGCCUCAGCAAGCUGCAGAAUGUGCUCUCCAUGUAUAUAUUGUAUGUAAGGUGCUUCACUAGUUCGUUGGACUUAUGUCCAGUUACCCCAGUGAUUGCAUCCUGCAAGGGGUGCAGUGCUGAACAUUCUUAAAUUCCACUUUCCACAUGGAAACGUUCAUGUAAAAAGGACAACUGUGCAGUAAUGACAAAAGUGACCAGGAGAAUUAAGUAGGGGGGAAGAGUUUUAACAGAAAGAGUUCAAGCUGAUCCGUUAUUCUGUAUAUUGCAUUAAGUACUGUCUCCUGUAAAGUUCUACAGAAUUCACGAAAGAUAUUGAAAGAAAAUACUAUGGAAAUUAAAUAUUUUUGUGGGAACUACUUAAGUGUCUGGUUGCUGUGAUACCUGGUUUUCAUGCCUUGCUUAAGCAAAAGAAAAAAAAAGUGCAUUAAGGUUUUGGAUU